AUGAUCAGUUCAUGGUGCUGUAGUCACUUGUCGGAUUCAUACUUUUUAUGGAAAAUGACUAAAAAAGAUGGCAUAUUAAUAUUCUUGCUUGCUCAAGUAGUAUUGGAAAUUAUCAUAGUCCAUGUAACCCUAAUCUGUAUAUAUUCAUAAAAUAAUGAAGUCCAAUCUUAUUUGAUGAGUGUAUUCACUGUUUUGAUUGUCACCUAUUUCUCUUGGGCUGUAAAAGAGUAGAAGCUGUAAAAGCAAUCGAGCAAAGGCUCUUUGCUUACUUCUCGCAUGCCGAAUACAAUCAAAUCACUUGUUCUUUUGGAGGAUAUCAAUUUUAUAUCACACAAAGCAAUUGUACUUGAAAAUUCGACAACUCUUGAUGUAAGAUCAUGCACCAAUGAACUCAGAGACAUCCUAAUUAAGGAUGAGGUGUCCGAGGAAAACCUAUUGGAUCACAUGAAAAUACUUAAAGUGGACAAACAAACUCAGAGAAACCUAAAUUAAAAAAUCAAGGGAAUAAGUCUACGAUAGCUAAUAAACAAAUGUUAAAUUUUACAAAAGACAACAGAUAUAUUAAUAAUUAAAACUAAUUUUAUUUUAUUAGAAUAUUAUUAGAUAAAAUUGCAUUUCGAGAAAGAUGUGAUCAUUUUAAAGUUUGAAGAAAUCAAAGAGUUUUCAAAGUACAUCAAGAAAAAUUCAUGUUAUGCUUUGAUGAACAAAUUGUUUUAAUCCUUUAGUCACGAAUUUGGAACCCUAUUGAAUUAAAUCGCUCUAAAUGCGUAAAAUGGUUUGGCACAAUUCCCAUCAAUCAAAGAACAAUUCGAUUCUAUAUAUAAUUGUGUAGUUAUGAUGAAUAAUAUGGUCAAGGACUUAAAGGACUUCCAUUAGUUACGCAGUAAAACCUUUCAAUUAGAAAUUGAUGACGUGAAUAUAGAUGACAUUUUCACUGAACUCUAAACCUUAUUUAAAUAACACGUAGCAUAAAAAAAGAUUUCCCUAUAUUUAGUGAAUAAAGUUACUGUCAACUUUAAAUAAGAUGAAUAAAGAAUUAAGUAAAUACUUCAAAACCUUAUCUAAAAUGCUAUCAAAUACACAAAUUAAGAUGGGCAAAUCUAUGUCUCUGCAGAAAAGGAAGAUGAUAAAAGGAUAAAAUUUUCAGUUCUAGACUCUGGAAUAGGAAUAUCAGAAAGUGUUGCCUCCAACAUAGAAUAAAUGUUAGGGAAUGAUUUGAUCUUGACAUCAAAACUUUCAGAAGGAGCAGCUGGAUUAGGCUUAGGAUUGCUCAAUUCAAAUUACUUAAUUAAGCAUCUAUCCUCAUUCAAAAAUGCUCACAAAGAAUAUCUGCAAUUUAAAUCAAAAUUAGGAGAUGGCACAAAGUUCUGGUUUUACAUUUCGAAAUAUCAAGUCUUAGAAUCACCAAACAGUUAAUUUGAAUCCAAAUCAAUAAAAAUGAUUGAUAAGAAAGUAUUCCUUCAUCAGAAAUCCAAUCUUGCUCAUCCUCUUUCCAGCAUUGCCUCCAAUCCCAAAAGCUGUCCAUCAUAAAUUAAAAAAUUUAGUCCUAGCAAAUCAUGCCAAACAAGACCGUAACCUUAAAUAUUCUUUCCAUCAAUUCUCAAGGAUGAUAAUAUCAUGAUAAUGGAAGAAGAUGACAGAACAAUCGCAGAGGAUCCAAAACCAAAUCAUCUACCUGGACAUCGAGCAAGAUUCCCUUCAAUGAGUUCACCAGAAUGUUAAUUUGUGAAAUUACUCUUAGUAGAUGAUGAACCAGCAAAUUUAUUCCCACUGAAGAUUAUGAUUAAAAUGCUUGGUUUCGAGAGUGAUAUAGCAUAAAAUGGAUAUCAAGCUAUUCAAUAGGUGGAAUCAAGAAUGAAUUAGAAAUGCUAAUAUCAUUUAAUAUUAAUGGAUAUUAACAUGCCAUAAAUGGAUGGAUUUGAAACAACCAGAUAAAUCAAAUGCUUAUAACCAAAAAUUAACAUAGUAGCUUGUUCGGCUUUCAGUGACAUGCAGACAAAGUAUUAAGC